AUGGUUUCCCGUGGUGCCUCGGGAGAUUUCCUAGGAACGCAAAGCGAGGCGGCCAUCUCAGUCGGCGCGCUAAGAGACGUACCCGGCCAGAUAACGUGUCCCCACUGUCAGGUCCCGGUUCUGACAGAGACCACACACACCCCUGGACUGCUCACCUGGCUCAUCUGUGGAUCACUCGGCUUCCUCCUGUGCUGGCCAUGCUGUUUGAUUCCGCUCUGUGUUGACUCCUGUAAGGACGUAGAACACCGCUGCCCCAACUGCAAGAGAGUGAUCCAAAUCCACAAACGCAUGUGAACAGACCAAGAUGAGACACCUGCCACAAAGUGAUCCAUAUCUGCAAACCUACUGUAUAUAUGAACAGACCUAGCCACAGCCUACUGACAGUUCAGUGCGUAAUCCACAUCAGAAAGACAAUAGUCUACUGUCUCUCUGAAAUGACUGCAGCAGGACAGCUUCCUCUACUGUCUCUCUGAAAUGACCACAGCAGGACAGCUUCCUCUACUGUCUCUCUGAAAUGACUGCAGCAGGGCAGCUUCCUCUACUGUCUCUCUGAAAUGACCACAGCAGGACAGCUUCCUCUACUGUCUCUCUGAAAUGACUGCAGCAGGACAGCUUCCUCUACUGUCUCUCUGAAAUGACUGCAGCAGGACAGCUUCCUCUACUGUCUCUCUGAAAUGACUGCAGCAGGACAGCUUCCUCUACUGUCUCUCUGAAAUGACUGCAGCAGGGCAGCUUCCUCUACUGUCUCUCUGAAAUGACUGCAGCAGGGCAGCUUCCUCUACUGUCUCUCUGAAAUG